ACGAGUGUUUUCAAGUGGGAGUUGAUACUGAUAAAUACUAGGAAUGUUCCACUUCCACCAGGACUUGGCAAUAAACGAAUUCGAAGAAUUUUUAAUAUAUUAGUGCAGCGAAUGGUGCUUAGUGUGGCGAUACUGAUUGUUCUGCAAACAUGAACAAGUUUACCAUGUUGUGCUAUUGAAAACAAUUACAUAUAAAAAAGCACCACAUAUUUCCUGAAGAUGAAAGUGCCGCCGUCAACCUCCAAAGGGUCGCAACGCCGUAUGGUAUUGACAAAUGUUGGCAAAUAUAUUGAUAUAUCCUUUCAAACAAGUCUGCAGCAGACGAUAAUCGGCUUACAACUCGCCCAUCACAUGUACUUUCAGGAAGUAACUGAUGUCAGAGGUGGAGCUGCAUCUGAUGAAGGCGGACACUGUUCCCUGGCAUCGCCAUUACAAGAGCUGUAACUCUGUCAGGUACACGUCCAUCUGAGGCUUCAAAAGUGAUCCCCAGUUGACAUCGAGAAUAUAUCGCAGUCUUAAUCCGCGUUGAUUCACUUCCCCCUUGAGUUAACAGCAAUGAGCUUCCUAGAAAUUAUCUGUGUUGCUGUGAUUUAUUGGAGCCUCUUUCUGUCCGGAUGUGUGACAAAUGGUGACAGUGAAAUCUGCUAUGGAGGAUACACUGGGCCCGAGAGCGGAGGUAGUUGCACAUUUAGCAGCUCUGGAUUGUGUAAUUAUAGAGGGACUAAUGACGGAGCACAAUGGGAGGUCACUAACAAUACAGAAGCUUUUGUUGACAUGUAUGGAAGGAACAAGGGCCACAGAGCAGUUCUCACCAGUCCGUGGAUGUGUGGGGACAACAUCACAACGAUCUGCAUCCAAUUUAAUUUCAUGUUUGAUUGCCGUGAUGGGUGCAGACUGACUCUUAAACUGUGUCAUGUAACAACAGGAUGUCACGUUGUGUGGUUCGCAGAUUCUGGUGACAAAGAUGAAUGGCAUCAAGCACGCUUAAACAUUGCCCUUACUAACAGAGGGCAGUUUCAGAUACAGUUUGAAGGAGAGAAGACAUACGAUCGAUGGAUUCAUACAGAAACAAACUUUUACCUCGACAACAUUGUCUACAACAACGCUUCUUGUUUCACCGACUCGGCUUCAGCUCCUCCACCGACGAGUGAUGAUCUGUUAUCGACUUCGGGUGAGACAAUAACAACAGACACUUCUACUGACCUUCCCACAACAACACAGCAAUCAACCAUCCCACAGAGGACAACGGCAAUGCUGGAGGGGUCAUCAUUCGAAACCAGCAAUACGAUAGACUACUUUAAAAGCACAACAACGAUUAAUCCAUCGCAACCACUAUCCACAGUGUUAAAGCGGAGGAUGAUUACUGCCUCCCAGCCAUGGACAACUUCUGCGAAAGCUUCUAUUACUCCUGAUACUCCUGAUACUUCUGCAACUACAACUCCUUCUACUACUACUACGGCGACAACCACCACCACCACAACCACGACCUCCUCUCCCACCACCACGACCACCACCUUCCCCACCACCACCAAAACCACGACCACCUCUCCCACCACCACCAUGACCACAUCCCCCACCACCACCAAAACCACAACCAGUACCACCCCUGCUGCCUCAUCUGCUACCACAUUGUCCACACCUGCAACAACUUCUUUAAGUGAAACAUCUAUGACUACAAUUAUGACAACAAAAGAAAUGACAGAGAAAGGAAGAUUGUUUUCAACUUUCACCCCAGCAGAAGAGGGAGAGGUCAGUAAGUUGACUAAAGUCAGCCACCAAAACGAGGGCUUGAUGUCAGAAACAGAAGGGACAUCAACUAUGACUACUUCGCUCGUGACAGACCUGUCGUCAGUGACGUCCCUUUCUUUGGACAAAGGGCCUCCAUCUUUGCCCACAGGGUCUGACGUUCUGUAUACAGAUGAGUCAUCCGGUACAGGUGAUGCUCUAGACAAGACCACCAGAAACCUGAUCAACGACAAAGACUACGCCGACCACAGCAGCAGAAACAACAACAGUGUGAUAGUAAACCAAGACAGAAUCGACAAUGUCGGAGACUCUAUCGCUGACAACGGCAACGACGAGGAAAAAUCAGGAGCACACAACGCACAGGCUACAGAAAGCGGCGCAUCUUCCACCAGUUACUUGCCCUUGAUCGUGGGCGUGACGCUGGGUCUGGCGGUCGGGAUGGCGGUGAUGAGUGUUCUGGCCUGGAUGUGGGCCAGGAACCGCCGGAAGCAUUAUGAACUGCCGGUGGAGAAGUACCAGAUGAACAUUAUCGGCAGUAUAGAAGGCAACCGCACCAGCAAUGACUAGAAGACCGGAAACAGUUCAUCGAUGAUCACAAACGAUGGGUGGACGAAAAGGAAGCUUCGGGAACUUGGAAGGCGGACUGCGACUGGGAGGACAAGAGUUUGAACCUCGAGCUGAGAUAGAUUCCUUCAAGCGAACCGCAGCACCAAACCAGUUUGUGAGCUCUGCAAAAGCAGGGACCAUGUGUGCACGUGUGUUUUUACUCGCUUUUAUUUAACUCACUAUGUUUGUCCGUCCAGUAAAAUUUUUAUAAUCAAUUUGUACCUACUUCCCCUCGUUCUAGAGGCAGGAAAUGUUCACCAGUUACUCAUUCCAGGUAACAAUGCAACAUUAAAUCAUGUCCUGCAGUAGUAAAACUAUUUUAAAAAUGUAUUUUUAUUCAUUAGAAAAGUAAAUUUUUCCAAAAUCUA